GCAGAGGCGAAGAGGAGGGCGGAAGGAACCGAGGGAGGGACGGGCAGCGGAGCCUGAGGAGGGAAGAGGAGGGGGAGAGGGUCAGGCCGGGCGGCCUGGGAGCGUGUGGCCGGGGGCUGCAGGCAGGAAGCUGGGGCCCAGCCGAGAUGUGCCUCUGAGGGUCACUGCGGACCCCACACCAUGGCCCCCCGCGCCCUCUGGAGCUGCUACCUCUGCUGCCUGCUGACCACGGCCGUGGGGGCAGCCAGCUACUCACCUCGUGGCUACAGUCUCUACACGGGGGGUGGCAGGACCCUCAGCCCCGGAGGACCCCAGGCCCAGAGCGCCCCCCGGCCUGCCAGCCGCCACAGAAACUGGUGCGCCUACGUGGUGAGCCGCACGGUGAGCUGUGUCCUGGAGGAUGGCGUGGAGACCAUCGUGAAGCCCGACUACCAGCCCUGUGGCUGGGGCCAGCCCCAGUGUUCCCGAAGCAUCACGUACCGCAGCUUCCUCCGGCCGCGAUACCGCGUGGCGUACAAGACGGUGACAGACAUGGAGUGGAGGUGCUGCCAGGGCUACGGGGGUGACGACUGUGCCGAGGGCUCGGCCCCCGCGCUCAGCCCUUCAGUGGCCACCCCCCGCCCUCCAUCAGCCCGUCCCAAUCUCUCCGGCUCCAGUGCCGGCAACCACCUGAGCGGACUUGGCGGGGAAGGUCCUGGGGAGUCGGAGAAGGUGCAGCAGCUGGAGGAGCAAGUGCAGAGCCUGACCAAGGACCUGCAGGGCCUUCGGCGCGUGCUGCAAGGCCUGAAUGGGCGCCUGGCGGAAGAUGUCCAGAAAGCCGUGGAGACGGCAUUUAACGGACGACAGCAGCCCGCAGACGCCGCUGCCCGCCCAGGCGUGCACGAGACCCUCCACGAGAUCCAGCAGCAGCUGCAGUUGCUGGACAACCGGGUCUCCAGCCAUGACCAGGAGCUGGGCCAUCUCAACAACCACCACGGGGGCGGCGCCGACGGGGCCCAGCAGCGGGCCCCGGGGCCUCCCCGUGCCCAGGAGGAGCUUCUGCGGGAGCUGGAGCGGCGGCUGCAGGAGUCCUGCUCCGUGUGCCUGGCGGGGCUGGACGGCUUCCGGCGGCAGCAGCAGGAAGACCGGGAGCGGCUGCGGGCCCUGGAGAAGCUGCUGGCGUCAGUGGAGGAGCGGCAGCGGCAGUUGGCCGGCCAGGCCCUGGGCCCCCGGGUCCCGCAGGAAUGCUGCCCUCCGGAGCUGGGCCGGCGACUGGCCGAGCUGGAACGCAGGCUGGAUGUGGUGGCCGGCUCGGUGACGGUGGGCUGGCGAGGCUCGGAGCUGGGAGGAGCCACGGGCCAGGGGGGUCACCCCCCAGGCUACACCAGUUUAGCCUCUCGCCUCUCCCACCUGGAGGACCGGUUCAACUCCACCCUGGGCAUUUCUGACGAGCAGGAGGAGAGGGGGCCCGGGCGUCCGGGGGGGCUGGUCCGCUGGCUGCCCUCGGCAGCCCGGGGCCAGCUGGAGAAGCUGGAGGGGCGGCUGGCCAACGUGAGCGGGGAGCUGGGCCGGCGGCUGCAUGUGUUGGAAGAGCAGGUGGCCGGGGCUGUGCAGGCCUGUGGGCAGCUCUGCUCGGGGCCUCCGGGGGAGGACUCCGAGGCCAGUGAGGGCCUCCGGGCCCUGGAGCACAGGGUGCUGGACAGCGAGGAGCAGCUGCGGCUGCUGGGCUCGGGCCUGCACAAGGUGGAGGUGGCGGGCGAGGCCCGGCAGAAGGCGCUGGAGGGACUGCAGAGGGCCGUGGGGCAGCUUGAGGGCCGGGCGGACGCCCAGGAGGAGGCGGCCGCCGAGCUGGCCCUGCGGCUGAACGUCACGGCCACGAGGCUGGGCCACCUGGAGGCGCUGCUCCAGGCCCGCGGGGAGGAGGGCUGUGGGGCCUGCGGCGGGGUCCAGGAGGAGCUGGGCCGCCUGCGCGACGGCGUGGAGCGCUGCUCCUGCCCGCUCCUGCCUCCCCGGGGCCCUGGGGCCGGCACCAGCCCGGGCGGACCCAGCCGGGGGCCCCUGGACGGCUUCAGCGUGUUCGGCGGCAGCUCGGGCACCGCCCUGCAGGCCCUGCAGGGGGAGCUCUCGGAGGUGAUUCUGACCUUCAGCUCCCUCAACGACUCCCUGCACGAGCUCCAGACGGCCGUGGAGGGCCAGGGCGCCGACCUGGCCGACCUGGGGGCCACCAAGGACCGCAUCAUCUCCGAGAUUAACCGGCUGCAGCAGGAGGCCGCGGAGCACGCGGCGGAGAGCGAGGAACGCUUCCGGGGCCUGGAGGAGGGACAGGCUCAGUCCAGCAGCCAGUGCCCCAGCCUGGAGGGCCGCCUGGGCCGGCUGGAGGGCGUCUGUGAGCGGCUGGACACGGUGGCCGGGGGACUGCAGGGCCUGCGCGAAGGCCUCUCCAGACACGUGGCCGGGCUCUGGGCGGGGCUGCGCGAAGCCAACAGCAGCAGCCACACGCAGGCGGCCCUGCUGGAGAAGCUGCUCGGGGGGCAGGCGGGCCUGGGCCGCCGGCUGGGCGCCCUCAACAGCUCCGUGCAGCUGCUGGAGGACCGGCUGCACCAGCUCAGCCUCCAGGACCUCACUGGGCCUGCAGGUGUGGCUGGGCCCCCAGGGCCUCCGGGACUUCAGGGACCCCCAGGGCCUGCCGGACCUCCAGGAUCGCCCGGCAAGGAUGGACAGCAGGGCCCUGUUGGGCUGCCGGGGCCCCAAGGGGAGCAGGGAGUGGAGGGUGCACCAGCCAUCUCUGGGCCCCGGGUGGCCUUUUCAGCUGCCCUCAGCCUGCCCCGGUCUGAGCCGGGCACUGUGCCCUUCGACAGAGUCCUGCUCAACGAUGGAGGCUACUACGAUCCCGCCACUGGUGUGUUCACCGCGCCGGUGGCCGGACGCUACUUGCUGAGCGCGGUGCUGACCGGGCAUCGGCACGAGAAAGUGGAGGCCGUGCUGUCCCGCUCCAACCUGGGCGUGGCCCGCAUAGACUCAGGGGGCUACGAGCCCGAGGGCCUGGAGAACAAGCCGGUGGCCGAGAGCCAGCCCAGUCCCGGCGCUCUGGGUGUCUUCAGCCUCAUCCUGCCGCUGCAGGCCGGGGACACAGUGUGCAUCGACCUGGUCACGGGGCAGCUGGCGCACUCGGAGGAGCCGCUGACCAUCUUCAGCGGAGCCCUGCUCUACGGGGACCUGGAGCUGGAGCAGUUGUAGACGGGGCCGGGCCCCCGCCGCAGGCGAGCGGAGCGCGGCGGGCUUCGCACUCGGGUCCCUCGGUCCAGACUGUUGGCCCGAUGGCCAGCCCCUGCCGGACUUGCACUGCCGAGGGGCGCAUCUUCUCAGCCUUUGCUCCCUCCCGGUCGGGCGCGCUGGGCUCAUGCUAGGCCUCCCGGGCUCUGCCGAGAACUCCUCCGCCGUACCAAACUAUUCCAGGAAUAAAGACACUUGGGU